GUCGGUGCGUCACGAAAAACAUUCCGUGUGUCAGAACUGUAAGAGCGGUCUUCAACACUCGCAAAUUCAGAUUUUAUAAACGCGAGGAAGUACGCAGAUGGAUACCGAAGCUGAUCUAUUUUAUCGUCGGCUGCCUAAGGAGCUGCACGCGCAUCUCAACGGUUCAGUGAGUUUUAAGACUAUGGAAACGCUCAUAAAGCAAAAGCCUCAUCUGAACAUUGAGCGCAGCAUGACCGCCAUCCGAAGCGGACAGCGCCGAACACUGGACGAAUGUUUUCAAGUGUUUAAAGUAAUCCAUCAGCUGGUUGAUUCAGAAGAGGAUAUACUGAUGGUUGCCAAAGACGUCAUUCAAGAGUUUGCAGCAGAUGGAGUGAAAUAUUUGGAAUUACGCAGCACGCCUCGGGAAGUGACUGAAACGGGUCUCACGAAAAGAAGAUAUGUCGAAACUGUGCUUGAAGCCAUUCGCCAGUGCAAAGAGGAAGAAGUUGACAUUGAUGUCAGGUUCCUUGUAGCUGUGGACCGCAGACAUGGACCUGAGGUUGCCAUGGAGACCGUGAAGCUGGCAGAAGAAUUCAUGCUUUCCAGUGAUGGAAUGGUAGUGGGGCUUGACCUCAGUGGAGACCCAACAGUCGGUCAUGGAAAAGAUUUGCUCUGUGCACUUCAAAAAGCCAAGAACUGUGGCCUUAAGCUGGCGUUGCAUCUCUCAGAGAUACCGUCCCAGAAAGAUGAGUCUGAGCUGCUGUUGAACUUGCCCCCUGAUAGAAUCGGCCAUGGAACCUUUUUACAUCCUGAGGCCGGAGGCUCAGAUAGUCUUGUGGAUAAAGUCUGCAAGCAAAACACUCCAAUGGAGUUAUGUUUGACCUCCAAUGUCAAAGGUCAAACUGUGUCUUCAUACGAUAAGCAUCAUUUCCAGUACUGGUAUAACCGAGGACAUCCGUGUGUACUUUGCACGGAUGAUAAAGGGGUGUUCUGUACAGAUCUCUCUCAGGAGUACCAGUUGGCUGCUUCCACGUUCGGCUUAAAUCAGGAGGCUGUGUGGGGACUCUCUCAGCAGGCCAUCAGUUUCACCUUUGCACCUGAGCCAAUCAAACAGAGGCUCGAGAAAAAGUGGGCAGAGCUCAGGCCACAGGUUCUUCAAUGAGGCAUAUCAAUGACACUAGCAAACUGUGCUUACUGCUCUACCUCAGAGAGCC